AUGGACGACGCCGUCCUCCCUGAAGAAUGUCUUCAGAUCUUCCGCCUGUCCCUCCAACCCUCUAGCGGCCUCGUUGACACCCUGGCCAACACUGGCGGUGUCCCCCAGUCGGAACACAUCCGCAAGAUUGUCGCCGCCAUCCUAUGGCAUCGCAAGUUCAUCUUGACAUAUUAUGCAUGGAUCUUGGUCACAAUGGCGGUUUCAAGUGGAUUCCGUUUCUAUAAGAGGGUCGUGCGUCGACGCAAGAACAGGAAUCGGAAUGGCCAAGGUCUCAUAGACCAUGCGAGUGUCGCUGCCAGCCCGUCGCCAUCAUGCAGCAGUACAUUCACCAAGACAAGUACGCCUUCUCAGAGAGAUGACAACCUAUACAAUGGAGAGAGGACGGCUUUGCUGGCUCAGCCAGACACGGCUCCUCGAACGCGACCCUCUCGUCUAAAUCGACUCAAAUCGCUCUUGAUGUUCCAGCCUCGACCCAUCGCAGCGGUCACCUCUCCCUCAAAUACCCUGCCCACCAACGCCGUCUCCCUUGUCGUGCUCUUCUUCCUCGCUGUCAACCUCUUCUACCUCUUCUACUGCGUCCCAUUGUCGCUGUCAUGGAUCUUCAUCCUCGCCGAUCGAGCUGGUCUGCUCUUUGUUGCGAAUCUCCCAAUCCUCUACUUCCUGGCCGCCAAAAAUAGCCAACCCACCAAAUACCUUACAGGAUGGUCUUACGAGGGUCUCAACAUCUUCCACCGUCGCCUCGGUGAGUGGAUGACUUGCUUCGCUGUAAUCCACAUGGGCGGGAUGCUUGCUGUUUGGUACACCAUCCUCCGUCCUCGGGGAUCAUCUCUGCCCGGCUUCCUCAGCACGAAACUUGUUUUCCUCGGCCUCUGCGCCGUUUUAUCGUAUUAUCUCGUCUACCUCACGAGCACCGGCUGGUUCCGCCAUCUUUGCUACGAAACUUUCUUGGUAGCCCACAUCGUUUUCCAAUUUGCCGCUCUGAUCUUCCUUUUCCUGCAUUACCCUACGGCUCGCCCUUAUGUCUGCGUAGCCUUUGCAAUUUGGGCUGUCGACAGACUCCUUUGGCGCGUAACGUUAUCGUCUAGCAGAUUCAUUGCAACGUUAGAAGUCGCUCCUGAUGGCCACACCGUCCUGGUCCACUGCGAAGUCCCCCUCCGCUACCAAAAGCCACCAGGUUUGGGAAUACGAACAAACAUCCAUCACGGGUGGCAUCCCGGUCAACAUGUCUUUCUCACCGUCCCUUCCAUGGGCUUUAAAUACCGCUUUCAGGCGCAUCCAUUCACGAUCGCUUCACCUGCUCCACCAAAAACCACAGUGGCCAUGGAAUCAUGGCCUCUCCAACUCACAGUCCGCGCCAUCGACGGUUUCUCUCUGUCUCUCCUCCGCUACGCCCGCCACCACCAACACUGUGAAAUCGUCCUUGAUGGCCCUUACGGCAGCACUUCAGCACUAGCGGCUGCACUUUCAGCAGAUCGAGUCUGCUUCGUCGCCGGGGGCAGCGGAAUCGCAGUUACCUAUCCGCUUUCCUGGGCCAUUCGUGUCCGAAAUGAGAGGAACGCAGAUGCCGGAUUGUUCCUCAGCACAAGGACUACGUACACGAAUGGGUUGAAGACGAUGCCAUCCGUCGUUGCAGAUUCCACUCCGUGGGUACCGGGGUCGAAGUACGCGCACUUCUGGGUAAGGCAGGAGAAGAAGCAUGGGAAGUGGAUCUGCAUGGUCCCGCGAGCGACUGUGGUCGAGUCAGGCGAUGAUGAAGAGGCAGAGGAGCCACUGACUGAUCAUCCGGAUGCAAAUGUUCUGGACGCUGCUGCGCAAGAAAGACGGCACGAUGCGGGUGCUAAUUUGGUGACGCGGACCUUCGACACUAGGACUGCCGGCCUUGAACGUGGUCGACCAGAUAUGCAGAGCGAGAUCUACAGCUGGGUUACGUCUGUCUCGUCCUCGGCCGGCGCAGUUGGAAAGUCUUGUUAUUCGUCGGCACCGUCGUCCUCCUCGUCUUCCACGGCAGUCGGAGAAGGCACACCAGAUGCCUCCUCCUCCUCCUCAUCACCAUCUUCACCCGAUCUUCCCGCGCUACCGGGGCCCGAUCCCAACUCCAGAGACCCUAAAGACUUUUCUUUCCCACUGAAGGAUAGAGACAGGAACAGCAGCAGCAGAAAUCGUGAUAGGCACAGGGAUAAGAUCUGCAUUAUCGUCUCCGGCCCAGACGGGCUAGUGCGCGACGUGCGGAACGAGGCAGCCGAGCUUGUCCGACAAGGGGGCUGGGACAUUGAUGUCUGGGCCGAGAAGUUCGGGUGGUAA